AUGGUCCGCCAACUAGCACCUUUGGUAACAUACAAAGCUGUCGAGGUCCUCUACCACGAGGAGAAAGACUUGCGUCAGGCCUGCUUCCGUCGUGUGAUGGAGGUGAUGCCGCUAACGGUCAUCCAUCCGCUUCUGAAAUUGAUGCCAGCACCAGAAGCUCUCGUCAUCACCGAAACGAUUGUGAGUGACAUCCGUGCCGCUUUGGAAUGGAUUUUCGACAGGGUCCCCUGGAUGGACGUUUCCACGAGGAAGGCGGCGCUCGCCAAGCUAGCCGCCAUGAAGCAGGUUCUGCUCAACCCCGGUUUCAUCAAGGACACGCAAGGGCUGGACGACUACUAUUCACGCUUCGCGCUGUACCCCGACUUCUUCACGACCAACAUGGAUGCAGCGAGGGUGGCGACGGGGCUCAAGCUUGAAACCCUGGCUGAAGGCGAGGUCGCAGAGAACUACGCAUUCGAACCGCUGCAGCUCAACGCGUUCUACGAGGGGCCGUUGAACACCAUGUUCAUCCCGAUAGGUAUAAUUCGACCUCCCUUCGCCAACGAGAACCUGUCCUGGCCGUUCAACUUCGCCGGUCUGGGAGCGGUGGUGGGACACGAGAUCAUGCACGGCUUCGACACUAGGGGCAAAAACCGUGACGCCGACGGAAAACACAAGGAUUGGUGGUCCCCCGACGUGAACAAGGCAUACGAAGGCAAGGUAGGCUGCCUCGAGAAGGCCUACAACACGGACGUUUUGGAAGAGAACGUCGCAGACUUCGCGUCCUUGCCGGCGGUGUUGAAAGCGUCCACUGCACGGUCGUCCGCCGCGGAAAAUGUUAUCUUCAACGAGUUCACGCAGGUACAGCAGUUCUUCCUAAACUACUGCUUCAAGUUGUGCGCCAGGACGACGGAGGGCGCCGUCGGGUACGCGACGGACGAGGAUCGAUGCAACGUGCCACUCAGGCACCUCGACAACUUCGCUGCAGCCUUCAAGUGCGAAGGACACGCCGCGAUCAGACCGACUGAAAAAUGCAACUUUUGGGAUUUGCCCGUUUAA